AUGCCGAAGCUUCUCACCGUCCACGUAUCCUCAAGCCGCCUACGUUCACAGCCGCCGACCUCGACCCAGGAGACCAAGACACCCCCGGGCGAGCCGCCAACUGCCGGCCUUCCCCAACGCGUGUCUCUUUCCGAGAGUUCCGAGAGCGACGAAGAGCAAAGCGACGAGCCCUCCAGCGACUCGACCACCCAGGUUCCGGACACCCAGGUUCCGGACACACAGAGCGGAUGCUCCUGCUCCCGGUCCUUCUUCGCCGACGCUGACUUCUUCGACGCCGCCUGCCCGCCCGGCUUCGUCAACGUCUCCAAAUCCUCCUUCCAGCUGUCGUACGACCAGGCUAGCUACGGCUUGUUCAAGGCUUUCAAGGCUCAGUGCGGACGCGACCCCUAA